AUGGAUUUCCACAGCCUUUCAAGGAGAGAAUUGCAGGCAUUGUGCAAGACAAACAAGACCCCCGCCAACGUGACGAAUGUUGCCAUGGCUGAUUCUCUCAAAGCUCUAGAGAUUGUUGAAGGGGUUGACGAGGUGUUGCAGGCGUUUAAAUGUGGAAUUUAUCAGUCAUCAGUCGAGCCACGGUCAAGGACUACAAGGAAGAAGGAUCUAUUGCUGACCCCUGCUCAGUUAGGUGCUGCUAGCCAGAGGAGAAGAGCUGCUAAGGAAGACAGUACACUUCAGCAAGUUUAUGGAACAAGGCGGUCUGCAAGGUUGGCAGAGAAGAGUGCCAAGUUGUUACAUGGGAUAACUUUGUUUUCGACGAAGGAUUUGUUUACUGAUGAUGUUCAAGACUUCAAAAUGAAAUUGGAAGAGAGCCUGGAUGGUUCGGUUGAAGUCUCGGGAGUUACUGAUGUGGAAGAGGCAGAGUGCAAAGAUGAAGGACAGGUAGAUUCGAGUGAUAAACAAAAUGUGUCUAUUGAUGUAGAAGUGGCAUCCAUAGCUACAGUGGAGGACAAUGAUGGACAUCAAUCAAACCUGAAGGAAGUAGAGGUGCCCAAGAUUGAGGAGGGACAUCAUUCUACUAAGGAGGCUAAAAUAGAACUGAAUGAGAGUAGGGUUGCAGAAAUUGAUCAAGCCGGUUCUGGUUUCGAGACUGAAGAUAAAAAAGCUUCUCAUGAUGAAUCUCAAAAGGCUGAUGGAUUCAUAGCUGACAUUAUAGAAGAAGAGAAGACUUCUGAAGAUGCAGAAUCAGUAGAUGAAACAAUCGUUGAGAAUGAAGAUCUUGCAUUAGCUGAAGUGCCUUCUGGCACUGUUAUCGAAAGUGUUGGUGAAGUGUUCGUUGCAGCUCAAGCUAUAGCUUCUGAAGAGAACAAGGAAGAUCUUGAGCUAAAUACUGAUUCAAGUGAAACCAUAUCCAAUCCUGAUGAAUCAGAUUCAGACAAUCUGGAUAUCGCAGAUGAAUCAACCGAGAGUAAUGAUUCCAUGGCUUCCGAAACCAGUUUGAGGAGCAACGAAGAUGAUGUUUCCGACUGGGAUGAACAAGCAACACCAGGAAAAGAUGCUGCAGCAAGCCUAGAGAAUUCUCCAACUCAUCAGCUAACUGCUUUUAUCGGGAAUGCAGCAGUUCCAUCUCUCACCAUUCAACCAACUCUUUUCACACCAAGAAGGGCGUCUGAUUUCGCAAACAAGGAAACCUCGGACAAUAAAGAGAAUGAGAAUGAGGAAGAUCUUGAGCUAAAUAGCACUGAUUCAAGUGAAACCGAACCCAAUCCUGAUGAAUCAGAUUCAGACAAUCUGGAUGUCACAGAAGAAUCAACCAAGAGUAAUGAUUCAAUGGCUUACGAAACCAGUUUGAGGAGCAACGAAGAUGAUGUUUCCGACUGGGAUGAACAUGCAACACGCGGAAAAGAUGCUGCAGCAAGCCUAGAGAAUUCUCCAACUCAUCAACUAGCUGCUUUUUCGGAGAAUGCAACAGUUCCAUCUCUCACCAUUCAACCAACUCGUUCGACACCAAGAAGGGCAUCUGAUUCUGCGAACAAGGCAACCUUGGACAUUAAAGAGAAUGAGAAUGAGGAAGAUCUUGAGUUUAAGACUGAUUCAAGUGAAACCAAAUCCAGUCCUGAUGAAUCAGAUUCUUUGAAUCUCACAGAAGAAUCAACCAUGAGUGAUGAUUCUGUGGCUUCUGAAUAUGCUUCUGAAUCAACCAUGAGUGAUGAUUCUUUGACGAGCAACGAGGAAGAUGUUUCCGACUGGGAUGAACAAGAAACAACCCAAAAAGAUGAAUCAGAUUCCUCGGAUCUCACAGCAGAAUCAACCAAGAGUAAUGACUCCUUGGCUUCUAAAAUCAGUUUGAUGAGCAACGAAGAUGAUGUUAUCAACUGGGAUGAACUAGUAACACCCGAAAAAGACGCUGCAGCGAGCCUAGAUCAUUCUCCCACUCCUUCUAUGGAGAAUGCAGCAGUGUUAUCUCUCACCAUUCCUCCAACUCUUUCGACACCAGGAAGGCCGUCUGCAAGCAAGGCGAUCAUGAGAACGGACAAUAAAGAGAACAUAGGCAGUGGAAGUAAAAGCGCGCCUGCGAAAGAGAGAUCAAAGAUUGUCAAGAAAAUUGCUGAGAGUGUCCCCAUGCUGGAUGAUCUGAAGGGUGAAAAUGAGGCAUCUGCAGCUGCAAGAACUGCUCUCCAAGCCCUGUCGGAAAAUCAGAAGGCGAAUUAAAUCUCAUAUUGUUUGAGUAUUUUCAUUCCAGUAUGAAUAUGAGAGAAAACUUUUGUAUUGUUUGGAUUAGGUCACAAGGGUACAUGGCUUCGGUGCAUGAGAUGUUUACCUUUGCUCUUUAAAUUUGAAAAUUAUUGAAAAAAAGAGCAAAUAAUCGAACAAUCAUCUU